AUGGCGUUCUCUGAUGCGAGGAAGGAGCUGGACUGUUCCAUCUGUCUGAACAUUUAUACCAAUCCUGUGACACUGAGAUGUGGACACAACUUCUGCCGGGACUCUUCUCUAUGUGAUGACCACCUGAGAAUCCACAGCAAGUCACCCCAACAUGUCCUAUCUGACCUCACCACUCCCCAGAAGAACAGGAAAUGCUCCGUCCAUGAGAAUAUCCUGGAGUAUUACUGCACCGAGGACUCGGCCUGUCUCUGUGGGUCCUGCAGGCUGCAUGGAGACCAUCAGGAACACCAGGUGGAGGCUCUGGAGGAGGCCUCUGAGAAGAGGAAGGAGAACCUGACCAAUGCUCUGCAGGAGUUAUUGAAAAAGAAAAAGGAGCUAGAGGAGAGUGUGGAGAUUCUGCAAAAAUACAAGAGAAAAGUACAAGACGGUGCAGACGAGGUAACCAAGAGAGUCACUGCCAUAUUCAGAGACAUCAGGAGACAAGUGGACAUCCUGGAGAGGAGAGUUCUUAAUACGAUUUCCAGGCAGGCGGAGAAAGUCUCAUUCCCAGCCUCUGAUUUAUUGCAGGAUCUGGAGAUAAAGAAGGAUGAUCUGUCCAGGAAGAUUUGUCACAUCGAGAAGAUAUGUAACAUGACGGACCCACUGACUUUCCUACAGGAAUCAGACACAGAUGACAAGAAGACCGCACGCAAGGUAGCCGGAAACCUAAAUCGCCCAGUAACAACAAAGAGAUACAUGGGAAUGUUACCUCAGGUGAUGAGCAGUCAGAGUUUCUCCUCAGGGAGACAUUACUGGGAUGUGGAUGUUGGGGGAUCGUCACACUGCAGAGUUGGGAUGUGUUACCCCAGUAUACUUCAGAACGGACUCUAUACAGAAAUUGGACAUAAUUCUACAUCUUGGUGUCUGGAGAGGAAGUCUAAUCAGUUAUCAGCAAAACAUGACAACAAAUCCAUCACUUUACCUGAUAAUUUAAUAACCAGAGUCAGAAUAAAUUUGAAUUAUGAGGCCGGGCAGAUCUCUUUUUAUGAGUUGGGUAUCCCAAUCCGACACCUCCACACCUUCACUGCCACCUUCACUCAGCCCCUCCAUGCUGUGUUAUUUCUAGGCGAAGGUUGUGUAAAGAUAUGUAGAUGGGAGGUGUGA